AUGAAUGAUCGUAAGCCUUAUUACAAACUUGUAACUCUUGAUGGUAAAAAACCUUAUGCAGAUGGUGAUCGAGCACAAGCAGCAGUGGUCGAACAUCUUCAACUAAUAAAAACCUGUAAAGAAGAUCCAUCACUUAUUGUUGUUGAUGUUGGUGCAUACGUCGGUGAUUUUGGAUUAUAUGCAGCUGCAUGCGGUUGUCAAGUAUAUUUAUUUGAAGUACAACCAAACAUGGUCGAUCUUAUUCAAACAUCAAUUCUAGUUAAUAAUUUUUCUUCUUCUCGUGUUCAUGUCAUAAAUAAAGCUGUCAGUAAUUUACCAUCCAACUCUCAACUAACAUUUCUUCAAGAUGCAGGUGAUACAAAAGAAACUGAGGGAUCAUUACAUAUAUCAACAAUUCGCCUUGAUGAUAUAGAAUGGCCACCACAAUCGACUAUACUUCUAUUAAAAAUUGAUGUUGAAGGAUUUGAAUUAAAUGUUCUUCGUUCAGCUGAAAAAUUAUUUCAUGAAAAACGUAUUCAACAUCUUAUUUUUGAAUAUACAGCUUAUUGGACUGAUCGAUCAGCACAGAAAGAUCUUUUACCAUUCGUUGAAGGUAAACUUAGUAGCAAAAAGCUUUAUGCAUUACAUCGUACACAACGAGAUAUUUAUGGUCCAUUGAAUCGAACGAUAUUUGAGGAUUUUUAUAAAAAUCACGUCAAGAAACAUUUACAAACGGAUAUCUAUGCAACAUUUGUCGAUUCAGAUAUGAAUACUGCUUUAAAAUCAAAGCCGUAUGAUCCGAUAUCAUCGUACGCAUAA